UGCAAGCUGCAAAAUUAAGUUGAAUUUACUCAACUUCCGGAAAGUACACUAUUUUUGGCGGAUUUUCCUCGAUACUCGUUAGAGACUCGCUCACUAAGCCCAAUUCAUGUGCUUCGCUUACCAGCACUGCGCCAAACAGCUGACGCCAGCUGUCAAACGCAAAUCAACCAGUGAUGUGUCAACAGCGGACGUGGUUUCCUAGCAUUUAGCAUAUACAAAAAAAAUCUAUUAAUUAUUGCAUUAAGUAAAGUGGCUGCCUUACUAUUCCAAUUCGACUUUUGUAAAUGUAGCAACCAAUUCCAAAAGUACGUACCCACCAAAUAAAAUGGACAUAACGCAAAAAUUCAAAGCCGGUGUAAUGACAGUGAAACUGCAACGCAAAGGUGAGCUCCCACCGCAGCCAUUGGACAAACAACGAAUUCUAUCCAAAAGCGGCGUUGGGCUUUCUGUCGGACAACGUGACGAAUUCUCACGCCAAGCAAAGGAUGUGUGCCACAAAAUAACCACAUUGCGUAAUGUGCUGGUGGAGAAUAGGGCGGCGUACAUGCGCAUCGGUCAACACCUGAAGAGUGCGACACACAUGACGGACGAACAACGCGACCUCAUAGACCGCGAGUCGGAAAAGUUUGUUACAUUUUACACCCAACACUUGGCACAAAUGCGUGCCGAUUGGAAACGUGCAAAAAGAAAACCACAACAGCAGCAACAUAUGGAGGCGGUACUAGAUUUAUUAGAACGCUAUUUGCGCAGUGUGCAGCAAAUCUAUUUGGAUCAAAAACGUUAUCGUGUACAGUAUGAGCUGGAAACGUAUAAGUUAUUAAAAUUGGCAGCUGAUAAAAAGAAGAUACCAGUGCGUCCGGCUGGUGAGCACAGUGGGCGACGCGUGAUACGGCACUCUCCAAGUAGUACCACCGACGAUGAAGAUAUUCCUGAUGAUUUACGACCACAAAAAAGCUUGAGUGAUGAAGCUUUAGACUUGCAAGGUGAUUGGCUAGAUGAUGAUGAUUUCGGUGACAACGACCGCGGCAACAAAAAAGUCAUUAAUAAUGCAGCCGAUGGUAAGUUGAAUGGUUAUAGUUACGUUGAUAAAAGCACAAAAGUGAGUGGACCGCAAUUACGGCAUCGAAAUCCACAUGCUGAAGAUGAAGAAAACAUUGGUAGCGGUGGCGAGCUAAAGACGACACAAUCAUCGCAAAAGGUGGCGCUAGACGAGGACAUACAAAAAUCGCAGCAAUUAGAGGACGAGGCUAAGAAACUUUCACCCGAAGAUGUGCAAAUGUACGAGCAAGAAAAUGUGCAGCUAUAUCACGAAUUGCAAGGGUUGGUGGAAGAGGUGGAACAGAUCGAGAAGAAUGUGGUGGACAUAGCGCAGUUGCAGGAUAUCUUUACUGAAAAGGUCUCACUUCAACAACACAACAUCGAACGCAUUGCCAGCGCUGUGGUUGGCGCAACAGAGAACGUCAAAGACGCCAAUGAACAAAUCCAGCAAGCUAUACAACGCAAUGCUGGCCUACGUGUAUGGUCAUUGUUUUUCCUUUUAGUAAUGUCGUUUGCCUUACUCUUCCUCGACUGGUAUUACGAUUAAAAUCGCAGUGCCUGUGGAUUAAUUUAUGAAUAGGUAUGCAUGCGGUAUUAAAUAUGUAUUUAAGCAAAUGAGUGCACACGCACACAAAAGAAAAAAAGAAAGAAAUCUAUAAGCAAAAUGCUGUACGUUGAUAAUUUUUGUUGUGAAUUUUAAGAUAUUGUAAUAUGUACUUGUACUCUUGGGAAUGAAAUUAUUUAUGGUAUUUUUUUUGUUACAGGUAGUAAUAUUAAAGUUCACUUCAAGAAUUUCUGAUUAUAUUUAGUCACAUUUGCAUAAAAUAACGGAGUUAGUUUGUGAAAGCUACAUGAAAAAUAAGUUUUGUACCAAUCUUAGCCUAAGUAAUCACAAGAUGAUAAACUAGUAACUAUAUAAUUUGUAUCGUAACAUUGCAAUAAUAAAUGGCUGUUUUACAGCACUUAGUGAACUUACGGGUAAAUGAAAAUUUUAGUCUAGUUUUUCUUUUAUAUAGCACAGUAACGUGGAUGAUGAUGAUCAACAUAGUGGCGAUCUCGCGAAAGAACUAUUCACUGCAAGAUACAUAUAUGACGAUGUCUGCGUACGCAAUGGGUACCGAAGUGGAUGGUAUGAAGAGGUUCAACUGAAAUCGAACUUGUGCUCAUUUUAGGCCCACAGGCUCAUCCAACUCAAUGAAGAUCCUUGGUCUUAAUAUCUGCGAGUCGCAUGAAGAGGAUACCAAUGAAAAAGGUAAUCUUUUUGGUAAGCUGACUGAACUUUUAAUGGGACGGAUAUAGUCCAACGCAUAGAAAUACAAUGAGCACACCGGCAUAGUUGGACAAAUUGUACGAAUGAAUAAGGACGCUGCGGUGAAAAUGACCUUCAUUUCACCAGCCAUGCAUGGAUAAUGGAAGGAAGUGCGCGCGAGAACACAGUGGAUCUACCAAGCGCAGAAGGACCUAUCUACAAUUGCUGUGAGAAACUUACUUGCGCAACCUCGCAAAUUAGAGUGACUAUGGGACAAGUUUCUUGACCCGGAGGUGAUUUCGUAGCUUUUGAUACCACACCCAUGAUUCUUCUAUUGAAGUUUAUUGGCUCGAAGCAAUUACAGAACAAACAAAAAUUCGCUAAUUAAGUGUAUUGAGAUACCCUUAUUCAGUUGUCCAGGCUAUUUACCCGAAUCGAUAGCAGAACUUUUCUGGUUUAAAUAAGCGAAUGCAUUUUCUGCAAUGAAAAUGCAAAAUGAGAAUAAUUUAAACCCUUGAUUGAGGAAUUCCUACCUACUUUGGCUAUGUCAGUCAAACCCUCAAAAAAUUUGAAUCCAUGAACUUUCGCCUUCCUCUACGGAGUGUGUGGUAUUUGCUUAACAGCUGCCGCAAAAGUUUCUGGCUUCUCUUCAGCAUGGGUAUACCUUUCGAUCGCUUCUCGUUCCAUUUCGGCCACAUGAGUUUUGUAUUACUGCAAGUGGGGAUACUAGCCCACCUAUCACUUGCUUGUAUUUAGAGAUACGUCCCUUAGAAUGCGAUUGCAGGCAGCGAGCGGUAUGCCUAAACCCUUCCAUAUGCGCAAGUGGAAGAGAUGUGCUCCCUUUUACAAGUUCGUCCGCCUUCUGGUUGCCGGGUGAGGAAGAUACCUAAAUUCUUUACCUGGUAUAGAAAUACUACAUAUAUCUAUUUGAAAAGUUUAGACUUGGUACACAGUAAUCCGUUGCAAAAAGUUGAGUAGGACACGCCUAUUACCAUCACACAGAGUUUGUGGAACUUUUCCGCUAACAACCACCGCAAGUUAAGGCAUUUAGAAUCAAAAGUCAAGUUUUUAAAUUGUUAUUACUAUAAAGAAGAAAACACCGUUCUUUUCAUUUAUUGUUAUUGCAUAUAAAUUAUUGCUUUCACAUGUUAAAAUUUUAGUUCUAAUUUUUAAUAUUUUUCUUUGUUAUAAUAAAAGCGCCAGGCUUAGAGAGUAGCCAUAUGCGGUUCACAAUACAUUCAGAUAUUUUUUUU